AUGCCUAAUUUCGAGCGAAAUGAAAGCCUCAUCAAAGCAGCGAGAGAAAUCUAUCCAGAAAUUGCACACAGUUACUGCGGUUACCACAUUUUGAGCAACCUUAAAACAAGCUUCAAACAACAUGCUGCCAAAUACAAUCUGCCAUUCUUUGGAGCAGUGAAAGCCUACACAGAAAAGCAAUUCGAGUUCCACAUGGCUGAAUUGGAUGGAUUGGACAAACGCAUAAGACCUUACCUCAAAAAAAUCGGGUAUGAAAAGUGGUCAAGAAUUCAUAGCCAAAACAAGAGGUAUUCCACAAUGACAUCAAACAUAUCAGAAUCACUGAACGCUGCAAAUUUGGCAGCAAGGGAGCUACCCAUUACAACGCUGCUAGAAUGCUUGAGAGCAUUGGUGCAACAAUGGACGCAUACUAAUAGGACAAAAGCACAAAACACCUUCACUAAGCUAUCACCAACUGGAGAAGACAUACUGUUGAAGAAUUACACAUACUCAUUGAAUCUGGAGGUUAAAGCAACAACAGAUUACUUGUUUGAGGUAACAAGAAUGAAAGAAUCGUGGGAAGUAGACCUAGAAAAAAGAACAUGCACGUGCAACAGGUUCCAAAUAGAUGAAAUGCCAUGCGGGCACGCAGUGGCCGUGAUGAGGGAGAUGAACAUGGACCCGUACACCUACUGUUCAGAUUACUACACAAAAAAAAAUUGGCUGGCAACUUAUUCAGGGACAGUUUACCCAAUAGGACACCAAAGUGAAUGGGAGGUACCGGAAGAAGUGAAAAAUAUUACAGUCUUGCCUCCACAUGAAAGAGUAAAAUCAGGAAGACCAAAAACAUUAAGAAGGAAGGCUGGAUGGGAAAGGGAUCAACACAACAAGUGCAGCAAAUGUGGAGAACUGGGGCAUAACAAAAGAACAUGCAGCAGAAGACGUAGAAGGGAAUGAAA